UCUGUUUGGGGGGUGGAUUAAGGCGUCCCUUGCUCUCUGUCCCAGAAUUCCCUGCUGCUGGCUUUUUCUCCAAAUCUGCAUCUGGCUGUGAUCCCAGAUCUUGUCCCUGACUCGCUCUCCAUUUUAGAGUCUGCAGCUCAGCUCCCUCCCCGUCACUAUGUUGUCGGUUCUGGCACAGAGGUCGCCACUUUUGGCUAAAAUGAGGGUUCUGGGAGCCAUCGGCGUGAGAGCGGCCCACAGCCACGGGGACCAUGUAGAUGCAGUACCAUCUUACACAAAGCCAGCAUAUUUCGACCACCGAACUUUACCACUGCCCGAUAUCCCCUUCCAUGAUGGUCUUACCUCCCAGGAGAAUGCCCUUAAAGAAAAAGAAAAAGGACCUUGGAAGCAGCUGAGUUUAGAAGACAAGAUAUCACUUUACCGCAUCAAAUUUAACCAGACCUAUGCAGAGAUGAACAAGCCGACCAACGAGUGGAAAUCAGUGUUUGGUGCCAUCUUCUUCUUCUUUGGAAUAACAGGACUCAUAGUGUGGUGGCAAAGAGUACAUGUGUUCCCUCAACUUCCGCACACCCUGGAGGAAGACUGGAAAGAGAGGCAGGUCCGCAGAAUGUUGGAUAUGCGCGUAGGGCCCAUUGAGGGAUUCUCCUCAAAGUGGGACUAUGAAAAGAAUGAAUGGAAGAAAUAAACAAAGGGCAAGGAAGAAACCCGAUCAGAUCCACCACAAACUCUGUAUACAACCUAACCACAGUGUGUGUCCAUGUACUUAUUCAGCAGCAGUCUGGAAAUAAACUCUGGAAAUUAAUUCUCA